UAGAAAACACUCUCUUUGGCUCUUACCAUCAUCAGCUAAAUUAUCACAGAAUGGAGUCUCUUGCAGCUCCCGCACCAGUUGAUAUCAAGCGACCAAUUGUAGAUUUUAGUCCUAGCAUUUGGGGGGAUGUAUUCCUUCAAUAUGAUUCUCAACCAAUGGAAAUCAAUGACAAUAUGAAGACACAAGUGCAAAUGCAAAAGGAGGAAGUGAGGAAGAUUUUUCAAUCUUCAAGCAAUGAUAUUUCACAAAAGUUAAACUUCAUUGACUCAUUGCAACGUUUGGGAAUAUCUUAUCAUUUUGAACGUGAAAUUGAUGAAGCAUUAGAGCAAAUCCACAAGAAUUUAACUAAGAAUAAGGAAAUAACCACAAAAGAAGGUUCCCUUCACUUCCUUGCAUUAGAAUUUCGUUUGCUUAGGAAAAAAGGAUAUCACAUUUCAUCAGAUGAGAUAUUUGAAAAAUUCAAAAACAAUAAAGGAAGCUUGAAUGAAAAUAUUUCCAAAGAUGUACAAGGAAUGUGGAGUUUGUACGAGGCUGCACAAUUAAGGAUUCAUGAUGAAGAUAUAUUAGAUGAAGCACUUGAUUUCACAUACUCUCACCUUAAUUCCCUUAUCACCAAUGAAUUGAGUCCUUUUCUUGCUAAACAACUAUGCCAAUGCUUAAGGACACCUCUUCACAAGGGAGUUCCUAGGUUAGAGACAAGGUGUUAUAUUUCUUCCUAUGGUGAAGAACCUUCACAUAGUAAAGUUCUUCUAAACUUUGCCAAAUUAGAUUUCAACACGGUGCAGAAAAUGCAUCAAAAUGAAAUCGGCAGCAUCACCAAGUGGUGGAAAGACUCAGAAUUUGCAACAAACGUCCCAUACGCAAGGGAUAGAGUGGCUGAGGCUUACUUUUGGCCAUUGGCUAUGUCUUAUGAGCCUAAAUAUAGCACAGCUAGAAAGAUGGUGGGAAAAUUGGUAACAUGUGUUUCUCUUUUAGAUGAUACUUAUGAUGCCUAUGGCACGGUUGAAGAACUUGAACUUUUCACAGAAGCAAUGCAAAGGUGGGAUAUUAAUGUCAUUCAAUCCCUUCCAGAGAGUAUGAAAGUGGUGUUUAAUUCAAUUGUUGAACUGUGUGAUGAAAUUGAAACAACAAUUGUUGAGAAUGGAACAUCAAGUUUGGUGUUUAUACAAUAUGUCAAACAAAAUUUUUACAAAUUGGCACGAUCCUACUUUGUUGAAUCAAAAUGGUGCAGUGAAGGAUAUAUUCCAACAUAUGAUGAAUACAAGGCUAAUGGAUCUAUAUCUUCUUCAUACCCGCUUCAAAUAUUAUCUUUUAUUGGACUUGGAGAAUUUUCAAACGACGAGAUUCUCGAUUGGAUUUUCAACUAUCCAACAAUCAUCGAUGCUAUAUCGGCUCAUGGUAGACUCGCGGAUGACAUAUCCUCACAUAAGUUUGAGCAAGAAAGAGUGCAUGUUGCUUCUGCAGUGGAAUGUUGCAUGAAGCAAUAUGACAUGUCAGGAGAAGAGGCUUAUAACUUCAUUCGCAAGGAAAUCGAGAAUUAUUGGAAGGUCAUGAAUGAAGAGUGUCUCAAGUUAGACAACAUCCCAAGACCAGUGCUUGAAUUUAUUAUGAAUGUGGCGCGAGUGACUGAGUUUGCAUACGAAAACUUUGAGGAUAAAUACACAAAACCAGAACUGCUAAAAGAUUACAUUGUUGCACUACUUGUGGAUCCUAUAAGCAUCGAGCUAAGUGAGUAGAAGAAGCAAGAUCAGUUAUAAUAAGUGGCUAUUUUACAUUUUAAUCCUUCUGUUUUUCCUUGAUCGUGAAUCGUUUUUAUUGUUGUAUUGAUAAUUCAAACUAGGCUUAAACAUGUAUUUCAUCCUUGCAAUUAGGGGUUGUUUAAAAAU